UAAAAAAAUUAUUUAUUUAUUUAUUACCAUCUCACACGACCGAUCAACCGAACUUUGAAAAUGUAAAUCCUCCUCUCUAUUUUUUUUUUUUUUUUCUUAAGCUUUCAAUCAAAAGACUUCAUUUAAUAAUGGUAAUAGACUUUUCUACAAAAACCCACAAAAUUCGAACAAAUCUCCCUUCUGAACACUCCAACAAUUUAUUGGAAUCAUCUGAAUAAAACCCAAACAAUGCUUGAAUAAUUUCUGUCUUCUACAAAAUUUUGAGUGUGUCACACGACGAUGUCGUCGCUAUUGACGCCGACGCAGAGGUACGCCGCCGGAACUCUGUUCGGGUUGGCCCUUCACCAGGCCCAGAUCCACCAAACCCGCCCGCUUGGCUCGCCUGCCGCCGACGAAGAUGACCCAACCGAUGAGCUCCUCAGCAAUAGCAGCAGUAGCGAUUCAGUCUCGGAGGAUCCCCACCUUUGGGUCCAUGAAUCCUCCGGCCUCCUUCGCCCCAUCUUAAGGUUUCUAGAGAUAGACAGAAAAGCAUGGAAUGGGCUUGAGGAAACUGCUGGAGUUUCUUCUGCUAAGAGUCAUGUUGGAGCGUUUUUAAGGCUACUCUCAGAAGAAAGUGGCAAUACUUCUAAAGAAAUGAAGGAUAAGGAACUUGCCUUGUCGAAUGGUGUUAAUGCUAUGGCAUCUAGUAUGGAAAAAUCUUCUGGAGAUUUCAAAUCUAAGAGGGAGAAGCAUCGUGAGUAUGAGCAUGAAUAUAGGGAAAAGUAUUCCAUUGAUGAGAUGCAAUCAAACUCUGAAGGGGCAAAUGCCCACUUUGAAACUCAGCGGGCAACAAAUUGUAAUCUGAUAUGCAAUGAACAGACAUCUACCGAGUCUGGCAGUGAAUUUGAUAAAACACCCUUCGAAGAGGUAACAAUGCUUAGUUACCAGAGGAAAGUGACAGUUCUAUAUGAGCUUCUUUCAGCUUGUCUGGCAGAUAUUCCUGAAGAUAACAAAAAUAGUACACGACGAAGAAAGGGAUAUGAUGCUCGACAUCGCGUGGCGCUGCGGCUUCUGGCGACCUGGUUCAAUGUCAAGUGGAUUACAAUGGAAGCCAUCGAAACUAUGGUUGCUUGCUCUGCUAUUGCUAUAUUAAAAGAGGAAGAAUCAAAGAAGGAUGAAACUGGAACUCCAAAAAGCUCUUGGGCUAAGUGGAAACGUGGAGGUAUCAUAGGUGCAGCUGCAUUAACUGGUGGAACCUUAAUGGCAAUUACUGGUGGUUUGGCUGCUCCGGCAAUUGCUGCAGGAUUUGGUGCUUUAGCACCUACAUUGGGCACUCUCAUCCCUGUGAUUGGAGCAAGUGGGUUUGCUGCAGCUGCAAGUGCUGCAGGGACUGUUGCUGGGUCUGUUGCAGUGGCUGCAUCUUUUGGAGCUGCUGGAGCUGGACUUACAGGGAGUAAAGUGGCUAGGAGAACUGGAAGCAUUAAUGAAUUUGAGUUCAAAGCUAUAGGGGAAAACCACAACCAAGGGCGGCUGGGAGUUGAGAUCUUGAUCUCAGGAUUUGUUUUUGACGAGGAAGAUUUUAUAAGGCCGUGGGAAGGACAGAAUGAUAACUUGGAAAGGUAUGCACUGCAGUGGGAGUCUAAAAAUCUGAUUGCUGCAAGCACUGCAAUUCAGGAUUGGCUUACUUCAAGAGUUGCUUUGGGGUUGAUGAAACAAGGUGCUAUGCUUACAGUGUUGGGCACGCUUUUGACAGCGUUGGCUUGGCCAGCAACAUUACUUGCGGCUACUGAUUUAAUUGACAGCAAAUGGGCAAUUGCUGUGGACAGAUCGGAUAAGGCUGGAAAACUUCUUGCCGAAGAAGUGUUACUGAAAGGAUUGCAAGGGCACAGGCCCGUGACACUUGUAGGCUUCUCACUUGGAGCCCGGGUGAUUUACAAGUGUCUCCAGUUCUUGGCUGAAACAGAACGGAAUGCCGAACUUGUAGAGAGAGUUGUUCUUCUUGGGGCACCCAUUUCGAUACAAGAUGAGAAUUGGGAUGCUGUUAGAAAGGUAGUUGCUGGCAGAUUUGUAAAUGCUUAUGCUACAAAUGAUUGGAUGCUUGGAAUCGCUUUCCGUGCUAGCCUACUUAGUAAAGGAUUAGCUGGAAUUCAACCAAUUGAUGUUCCUGGAAUUGAGAAUGUGGAUGUAACAGAGCUCAUCGAGGGCCACUCUUCGUAUCUAUGGGCUAGCCAGAAGAUCCUAGACCAUCUUGAACUUGAUGCCUAUUUCCCCGUGUUCCACGGUGCUGUUAUUAAAACCUAGAAACUGGGUUCAGUUUCUACAUAAAACCAGUUGUUGCUUAAUUUUUUUAGUGUCAGUCAAUCUCUUGCUUCCAUUUUUCUUGCCAAUUGAAUUGUCAGUCAAUCUCUUGCUUCCAUAGCUUUGAGUUUCUUGGCAAGAUUUUCGCUUCAUUGUUCUAAAAUUGAGAUAUCAUGGAAAUUAUGUUUGGCAGAAUCGGUGAAAUUUAGUUUAAAGUUUGAACUAAUUUUCUUCGAUUUGGUGCUCUGAAAAUACAAUAGGAACAUUGUAUUGGAUUUUUCACUAGCUGGGUGAAUGUACAUACUGUGUUGUCAUGCAAGUAUUAACAUUUUCUUCUUUAUGAAA